UAAGCGGGAUCUGAAGUCGUGAUGUCGCGUAUACCGCAAAAGAGCCUCGAGCGAAGAUGAACUCGUUGCUAUUCUGGCAGGUUCUUGUUUUGAACGUAUUUUUGGUCAGUUGUAACCGGCCAGGGCGUGAUAUGCGACUCGAGCUUGUUCAGACCCUUUUCAGACACGGCGAGAGAACCGUUAUUCCAGCUGAGUUUAUGACACUAGACUACGCUGGUAAAGAAGCAUAUGAACCUUAUGGCUUUGGACAACUGACCAACAAUGGAAAGCGAGAAGAGUACAGAAUCGGCCAGAUGCUGAGGCGACGUUACAAAAAAUUCCUCGACAAGGCCUAUGUUCCAAACCAUGUCUACGCUUAUUCGAGUGAAGACGAUCGCACAAAAAUGUCGCUACAAUUGGUUCUCGCUGGACUUUAUCCACCAAGUGACGAGUUGGUUUGGAACAAAAAGCUGGACUGGAUUCCUUCGUCCACGAGGUAUAAGCCGAAGAGACUGGACUUUCUACUGAAGCCUUAUAAUGACAUCAAGUUUUGGCCGUUAUGGAGAGCCGCCUUAAAUCAAUCAAAUCAACAGACAGUACUUAACGAACGCAACGAGUUCAUUGAGUUUUUACAAAGAGAGACGGGAAAAGAUUUGAAGACAGAUGUAUUCGACUUGGUACUUCUGUACAACGCCUUACACGUGAACGAUCGACUGAGGUUACCUUUGCCGGACUGGUAUAAGGGCAACGUGAAGAGAACUUUCAGAGAUCUUUACGCUUAUCUCAUGGGCAGUUGGGCAUCGACGACUGAAUUGAAGAAAAUCAAUGGAGGGCCGCUUGUGAAAACUUUUCUGAAAAACAUGAACCUUGACAAUGCCAGGGUUGAUUCGAGGAAGAUCUAUCUGUACAGUGGACACGAUCAUAAUUUAAUGGGAGUCAGGAAGGCACACGGUAUCGACGACAAUGAGUUUCAAGAAUUUGGCAGUGGUUUAUUAAUCGAAAAGUGGAGAGACUCUAGAGAUAAGGUGUUCGUUAAGCUACUCUCUUGGGCUAGUCCCGGCGAUAAUCCGAAAACUUUGAGGCUCAAGGAUUGCGAAGAUUUUUGUCCUGUCGAGAAUUAUAUCAAGGUUGUCAGUGACUCAAUUCCAACCGAUAAGGAAAUUAAUGAGCGAUUUAACGAUUACCGUGUGGAAAUACAAGAAUUUUUGCUAGGUGAAUAAAGGGUGACUAUGAUGUGCCGUUGUCUUACAAUAUUUACUUACAAGGUUUGGAAUUUUUUGAUAACCAUUUUCACUGAAUCGUUUAUAAAUCAAUGGGAAUGUUAUACAGAUACAGUUAAGUGUUAUUGUUAAUAAAAAUGCAAUUCUAUUAAGAAAAAA